AAAUGUAAUUGCCCGCGGGGAAAAUGGCGGCUGAACGCCCCCUGGAAGAAACGGGGGGAGGCCAAUUGUCAUCCCCGCCAUUUUGAUGACGGGCGGCUUCGGCCCUUUCACCUCAGGCUUGGAUGGGGCUAGGGGGGCUCCUGGUUCCCGCUCUGGGCUUGGCCGCCGCUUGGCUGCUGGGCCUCGGGUUCGAGCCCAGCUCCUGGCUGCUCCCUUUCUUCUCCGGGCGGGGCCGGCUGCUGAGCCCCGCCCAGCUCGCGCGGUACACGGGAGCGCGGGGCAGCCCCGGCCUCUACCUGGCGGUGCUGGGGCAGGUGUUCGACGUGCGCCGGGGGCACAAGCACUACGGGCCGGGGGCGGCCUACGGUGUCUUCGCAGGGAAAGAUGCCUCCAGGGCUUUUGCGACAGGCGAUUUCACCAACACCGGCCUUGUGGAUGAUGUUUCUGGGUUAUCGCCAUCAGAAAUGUUGACUCUACAAAACUGGCUCUCUUUCUACAGCGAGAAUUACAUUUUCGUUGGCAAACUGGUAGGAAGAUUCUAUGAUGAAAAUGGGGCACCCACAAAAGCUCUGGAACAGGCCAACGCUGUCAUCGAAGAAGUGCUGAAGUUCAAGGGACAAAACGAUGAGAAGAAGCAGUUCCCGCCCUGUAAUUCUGAAUGGAGCUCAACCAGUGGCAGCAGAUUCUGGUGUUCCAAACAAAGUGGGGGAGUGAAGAGAGACUGGAUUGGAGUCCCCAGGAAGCUGUACAUGCCCGGUUCCCGUGAUAGUCACUGUGUGUGUGUGAGAACUACUGGACCUCCUUCUGGACAAUUGGAUUCUACUGAGCACAGUGACAGAGGUGACUUGGACAAUCCUAACUUGCAAGAAUACAAGGGAUGCCAUCCACUAGCUGACUGGUGUAUGUUAAAAGAUUGAGUCAAUAGCUAUGUUGGACUUGAUGCAUUUAUUGUCCUAAAAUGAAAUAGUUGAUCAAGUACAGUCAAAAAAUGCAUGGGAGCUUUACAGUGGAUUCUCUGGUAUACAAGAUGGGAGACUCAGUCAGAAACAGGAAUCAGUUUGUAUAAGAUUACUCAGUAAAUGUAAACACCAUGCUAAAGUGCCAGUAAAAGUAAUGGAAAUGUGAGACAUGGAGGGAGCAUGGUAAGGAAAAUUGUUAAAAUGGAAAAUCUUUGCUAAUGGCUGUUUCGGUAGCUUGUUGGUGCACUGCAGAAAAGUCUUUUGUGCUAAUCGAGAAAUAGCUGUAUGUAUGGAAUGGUGAGUGUAAUGUCUCAGUGAAGUGAGCUCUAAGCUAGCACACCACUACACUGUAGAUGCAGUUUCACUUACUGAAGCAUAAAACAGCCCACCUCUCUUCACUACCAUCACAACAUUGCUCUUCUUGUAGCAGAGGUGUGCUAAUACUCACUAAUUUGCACAUGCUGCCAACUUACUGAGAAAUGACUUAGCACUGUAGAGGCUUCAGUUACUUCUGUAGUUGUGCUAUUGAACAUCUACACUUGUCAGAUAAACCCAGGACACUAGGUGAUGCAAUAUCCAUGUUUCUACCAUUCUUUGGGUUAUAAGACAGACCAAGGUAUACUUAGUCCUCCUCUUCUACCCUCUCUCCCCAAAUACUUCCUAUGAGUUGUUGUUUCCAUAGUAUGUAGAGGCCAUGAGGCACCUGUUCUAACUGAACAAUGAAAGUGAUCCACAGACAGGUAACUGAUUUUACUGCUACAAUCCAUCGGUCAUCCUCCUCCCUUACUUAUUUACUACCACUACUUGUUGCAUUGUCUCUCACUAGAUUGUAAAGUCUUCAGGGCAGGAAUCUGUUACUCUAAUUUGCAAAAUCCAAUAGUGUUGUGUGUUACCUAAACACUAAUGUAAGUUAGUGUUAUUCUGUACAGGCUAGGGGUACAUUAAACUAUUUUACAAAAGAGGAAAACUUCCAGAAGGUCUGCCUUGCCCAGUUCUCUCUUCCCUCUCCCCCCCAAAAUGCUUAACUAGUGCAAGUCACUAUGUGACAGUGAGCACGAAAGGGCAAAGUAGUAUUCAAGAACACUCAAGUGCUAUGCUAUGUGCCCCCAACACUUAGAGCUAACACAGCAAGUUCACUGUAAACUGGCUUUAAAUGAUGUACAGCAACAAACCUGGUCAUGGUUUAUACAUUUAAAGUUUGUUUUUGUAGUUGUGUUGCCUCUCCCAGUUUCAUGGUACUUCUCUCUCCUACGCUCCAAGCUUCUUCCUACCUCCCAAUGCUUCUUUUGGGAAGCUGAAGUUAAAUACACCUUCAGUUUGCAGGACUGGAAACAAGUAGCUGAAGCUCCCUUCUUUGUGUUAUGGGGCAAAACUCCACUAGGGGACAGAUCUGAAGUGUCCUGGGGUACGGAAUUCAGCCUGUGAUUUUUAAACUUGUGCCCAAAUUAGACUUCAGUAUAGCAAGCUGCAAAAUCCUCACUCAACUGCAAAUGACAAGGGAUAGUCAUGGUCCUUGUAGUGAUAAGAGUAUAAUGUCUGCCCUUUUCAGGGAAUCUACUGUUGGAAAAGAUAGUCCUGUCCCCUUGAAGCAGGAUAAUUGUUACUUUGCCUAGAAUAGUAACCUGAAUUAAAGGCAAAAUGCUUCAAAAAGGAAUUUCUGCAUUUUCUGCCAUUUGUGAUACAAGAUAUCUGAUGCACAUUUCAAACAAAGGACACUUAAUAUUUGGGGACUGAAGGUAACUUUAGAUUGUAAAGUCCAGAUAAGGGGUAGUUCAUUCUCUCCCAUGACCCACAACAGAAUAUAAACUUUAUAUGAUGGACAACUGAAAUAGAGACAGGAUGUCCAAAAGCCUGUAACAGCAAGUUACUUGCAUUACCUGCCUUUUCAUGGUAGCUGUAGUGAGGUGUCUGAUGGCAGACUGCUGUACUGAGAUUUCAUUUCAGCCUCAAGGAAGUGGUUUGUAGAAGAUAAACAGCUCAAGCUGAUAGGGUGCAAUAAUCUGCAAGUCUCUCCCUGGGUUAACUGACAGCAGCAGGGACCCGGGGGGACUAGGUUAUUGCCCCAUUGCAGUAUAACUGGGUGCUAGUAAGCCUAUGACAUUUCAUUAUAUCGCCAAAAAAGUUGGUUUGGAGCAGGAAGCUACUUUUGACACCCGAGUAAUUUAUGUUCAUCUUUGCCCCACCCCCAGGGGCAUCUAACAAGAUGCAGGACUGGAGAUAGUUAGCUUUGAAGCAGUCUUCCGAAAGGUACAACUAAAGGACAAAUCUGUUCAACCAAAUGAACAAGGCAAACAGUAAAUUACUACUAAUGCUGGACAAUGCUUGACUAAACCUUGAAACCCACAUUACUGUAGGAGUCCUCAGCUGAACAGCCCUUCCUGCUUUGAGAGGAGAAAUAAUCAGAUUGCUUAAGAGCCUUAGUAUUCUAUCCUAGUGACAACUGAAGACAGGAGUGAGAUUAAAUAACCAGCUAAUUAAGUGCCACCACAGAACAGGAAUUGUAUAAAGAAAGGAAGUUCUUAUGCAAUAGCUCUCCAAGGGAAAACUGUGGCCAAAGUCUGAGUUGGUCAAUUAAAACACAGAUUUUAACUAGUGACUGAUACAUUUCAUCCUACUGUAGGUUUGAAGCUGCUGAGUGCACUAUGAAAUCAGUAAUAGCUAACUUAGAAAUUGAAUCAUGAAUUGGGUUGUCUGGUUUUCAACCAGAACACCUGGUCGAAAAGGGACCCUCCCCCAGCCUGGGGGAAGUGAGCAAGGGUGGGGAAGAGUGAGCAACAGAGGGAGGGGAUGGAGUGAGUGGGGCAGGGCCUCAGAAGGGGCACAGCAAAGGUGUUCAGUUAGAAAGUUGGCAACCCUAAUCAUGAUACAUACAAAAAAACCAGAUUCACAUCAAUAUGAACACUCUUGAAUGGUUAAGGAGUGACACUAUACUCUUGGGAACCAAUGCUCAGCUGCUGUAAUUUGGCAGAACUCCAACACUGAGCAAGAAUUCACUAGAUAGAGAUGGUUAUUAGUCACUGAAUAUCUUCCACUUUGGGGGGUGGGGAGGGGAAGAGGGAGGUAUUAAGAACAGCACUUUCACUUCAGUUAUGCAUACACUGUUUACAACAAGGAUGGGUUAGUAUGUGCAGUUAUAUACCCACCCGAAUUAUAUAGCCUCAUGCUUGGACUACAGCAAACAAAGUUAGCUUAACAUAAGUUACUCCUGUGGAGGCUGUAGCAUUCUAUAGCUGAGGGCUCUGUUAACAUUCCUGGAAGGAUGAUGGGAAUUCAUCAUGAUAAAUCAAGGGGUACCUAGGUGCACUGUAAAUAAAUAAUUCUAUAGGCUAGCAUGUAGUUCAGGGAAUUACUUCUAUAAUCAGAUGGAUCAAUGAUCAUGAACAAGGUAUAGUUCUUCAAUGAAGUUCAUAACAUCUCAAUUAGUGAUUUUUAGCAAGUAUUUAUUGUUAAAACAUAUGCAUCAAACAAUCCUAGCAAAAUGCUUUUGGCUGGUUUUACAGUUACUCUGGAGCAUCCCUUUUUGAAGUAAAGCUGCAUGGAUUAGAUGACACUUAAAGAGGCAUCUGUGAAGUAUAACAGGACUUUGCACUCAUGGUUUUGCUUAUUUUCUUUCAAUUAACUUUCAACUUUAUUAUAUUUAAUGCAUCUGAAAUUAAAAAUUGGUUUGGGAAAAACAUGAACAGAACUAGUUGAUUGAAGGUCCAGACCUGGGCAGUACAGGAAAUCAGGACUACACAGGAAUGACUGCAGCCAAGCCUAUUAUUGAAAGGUGUUUGAGUGCAUAAUUUAAUGUCAAUUAGGAGGACAGAAGAGUCAGUCUGCCAAAAUAAUGCUAGUUAAGCAAUUAUACAAGAAUUUUACAAUACAUGAUGUCUGGAAUAAUCACUAUUUGGUUAAGAUAAUCAUUUACAAAACAAAAGGCAAGUUGAAAUAUAAUUAAAUCUUAUUCCCAGGGUUUACUGGUAAUAAACAUUUUCCUUCUUGCUUGGAAACUGACUAAGGGUGUAAGACUUCUCUUGAUGCACUUUGUCAUUACUGGUGCAAUAAAUGUAUUUUUGUAUCAAG